AUGUCUUUUGGUCUCAAUAACACAUUUCCACGUUUAAUUCGUCCCACUAUACAUUCUUUUCGCUGGACACCAAACAUUAAGAGUCGCGUUGGUCAUGCCAGUGGAUUUCAUGCUACUAAACAUCUAGCGGAUGGUUCUACAUUUAUCAAAGGAAGCGUAAAUGAUGCUGUUACACUUCCUCCAAGAGAUAAAGUUUUAGGAUCAUAUCAUUGGGAUUUUGAACGACUUUUAUCAGUAUCAUUAAUUCCUUUAACUAUUGCUUCAGUUGUAAAAGGUGCACAUCCAAUCACCGAUCUUUUCUUUGGUAUUAUUAUUCCAAUUCAUUGUCACAUUGGAUUUGACGCAGUGAUCACUGAUUAUUUACCAGCCCGCAGAAUGCCAGUAAUAAAUAAGAUUUCAACUUGGGGUUUAAGAUUAGCUACAUUAACAGUCCUUUAUGGUUGUUAUGAGUUUAAUACUAAUGACGUAGGUUUGGUUGAACUUGUUAAAAAAACGUGGCAUGCAUAA